AUGCAGCGCUUCAACCCCCUUGGCAUCUCCUGCCUAGCUACUCUCCUGACUACCUACCUCGGCGCAGUAUCAGCACAGUCGGCUCCUGAACCGAGCCUCUGGCCGCUGCAGACGUUCCAGAGCACAGAUAUCCAGACACCCUUCUUUAACGUCACAAAGAAAGGCCAAACGGAACCUGGACUCAUCUUCUUCAGUCCCAGAGAUACGCGGCGGAAGAUUGGACACCCCGCUAUCUUUGAGGAUAAUGGCCAGGUUGUCUGGAAAGGCCCGGACGAUGCAAGUACCUAUGGCUUCAAGCCGCAGCUGCUUGACGGGAAGCCUGUAAUUGUCAGCUGGUUUGGCUAUGUCAACGAUACUGGUUUCGGGCUAGGAGCUAUGAGCAUCUUUGACAGCUCGUAUGAGAAGAUCCAUGAGGUUACCCUCCCCGGCGACGGUGAUGACUACUACAAGACAAUCUAUGAGCCCAAGACAUUCCCAUCCUACAUGGACAACCACGAGGGUCAGAUCACCGAGCAAGGAACCAUUGUCGUGACAGUUGUCAAUGUCACCGAGGCAGACCUUCGUCCCGUUGGCGGACCUGAGAAGGGCUGGGUCGUCGAUGGAGGCUUUUACGAGAUCGAUAUCAAGACCAACGAAGUUCUCUUCCGCUGGAGUGCUGCUGAACAUCUCGAUGAGAUCCCAGUCACCUUCUCUCGCAAGCCACUCGAGGGUGCCGGAACUUCUUCAAAGGACCCAUGGAAUUACAUCCACAUCAACUCCGUCCACAAGUCUGGUGACUCUUAUGUCGUCUCCUCCCGAUACUCAUGCAACAUCUUCCUCAUCUCCAAGGAAGGCAAGAUCAUCUGGCGGCUCAACGGCAUAGACGGCGGCGACUUUGAGCUAGGCCCUGGAACCAACUUCUGCUACCAGCACGAAGUCCGUUUCGUCAGCCACACCGUCGACAAGAUCACCCUGAGCACCCACAACAAUGAAAACGCAGACUUCACGCCUGCCAACGAAACCAAACCGACAACCGGCCUCGUUCUCGACCUUGAUCUCAGCACCAAGAAAGUCAGCUUGAACCGCAUGGUAUGGAACUCGGAGCGCCCUGUCGUCUCUCGGGCCCAGGGGAGCUACCAAAUCCUUGGCAACGACCACAUCCUGAUGGGCCAGGGAGCCAUCCCUGUGAUCGAAGAGUACGACGCCAACGGCGCAAUCGUCAUGGACGCCCGCUUUGGCCUCGACAACACAGUCACUUCUUACCGAGCCUACCGCAGUGCCUGGGUUGGGACCCCGAAGACCAAGCCAAGCGUCAAGGUGUGUGGCGCCGACCCCAACGGAGCGGUGGUGCUAUAUGUAAGCUGGAACGGAGCCACAAACGUCGAGGCAUGGAAGGUCUAUUCCAGCUCUGACUCUGGAGAGCAAGAGAUAGCCACCGUGCAAAAAAACGGGUUUGAGACGAGGAUGGAGCUGCAGAUGGCUGGCAGCAAGUUUGUGGUCCAGUCAGUAGGAGGACCAAACGACGGUGUCAAGUCUGACGUUAUCACAGCUGAGAACUGUUAG